AUGUUACUCAAUACGAAUAAAAUCUCGUUAAUUUAUGACUUUUGGAAAUUAAGUACAGAAGACAAUUAUUUACAAGAUGCGACUGAGCUGUCACGUAAGCUAACUGAAUCAGAUAUUAUCGACGCAAAAUACAUUCAAGAUUGGAUUCCGGAUCUUCUUUAUCUCGUCAAACUAUGGGAGCAAGAAUUAUUUACUGAACUAGAUGACUUUUACAUGACAUUAUUAAAUGAUAGAACAUCGAGUGAUAAAGUUGAUACACUCUUACGAUUUCUCUAUGAUAUUCAGUUGUAUGAAUUGGUGAAAUAUCUUUUAGAAAAAAAUGUUCACCAUUACAAGCAAGACAAACGUGUUUCAUCAACAAUGAGCGGAUUUCAUGAAGCAUGUGUCUAUGGUUUUAGUCAAGUUUGCUUAUUAUACCUUCAAAAUGAGCAAGAUAUCAAUGAAACAUUUUCAUUAGUAUAUGAAAACAUUAAAACAAACAAACAAGAAUUGAUUCGUAACCUCACAGGCCUUCAAUUAGUUUGUCUUUGGUCAAAAUAUUUUCCCAAAAGACUCGUUUCGUAUGCACAUACGCUUCGACUCUUGUUAAAUCAUGGUGCGAGAGUCAAUAUGAUAUCAACGGAAUUAUCCACGCCACUACAUUGGACAUGCCGAGCAAAGCAUACAACACAAUUAGCACAAGAUUUAAUUGAGCAUGGUGCAUGUGUGAAUGCAUGUGAUAAAUUCAACAUUCAGCCGAUUCAUUAUGCUUGUUGGACACGAAAUCGCACCUUAGUUGAUCUAUUUCUUUCUAAAGGUAUCCAGCUUACGGCUCAAGAUGACUUUGGCCGAACAUCGAUUCAUUUUCUUUGCAUGCCAGCCUAUAUAGAAGAGAUAACGCAGGAUGAUCAACAAGGACAAUAUGACCUGAUGAAAUACUUGCUAAAUUAUUGUGAAAAAAAUUUCUAUUCAAUUGAUUUAACUCAAUCGGAUCAUCAAGGUCGCACUUUAUUAACGUAUGCGUGUUUAAGUCAUAAUCUCAGUCUGAUGCAACUUCUUCUCGAACAUCAACCUGAUCUAUUAAAUAAGGCCACAAUCAUCGGACGAACACCGUUAAUGAUUGCCAUUGAUGAGUGUUUUCUCGAUGGUAUUGAAUAUUUGUUACAAUAUCGAAAUUUAGAACGAGAUGGAUGCGAUAUGAAUGGCAAUACCGCUGUGCAUUAUAUUUGUAUGUCAAGAAACACAACUAAACGUUCAGAUAUGUUAAAAUUGUUACUCAAUGAUAAAAAUGGCAUUUUCGAUUUCGAAAAACGAACUGAACAGCUAAUUGACCCAUUUAUGUUAUGUACAGUCUAUCAAGCCAACGAUCUAUGUCGUUUGUUGAUUGAAAAAGAUGUUAUUUUAAGCAAACAGGAUAUUUUUUCUCGACAAUCUCUCCAUGUUGCAUGUCAAUUGGGCAAUCAUGAACUAGUUUCCUUAUUGCUCAAGUCAUCAAAAAUCGAUAUCAAUGCAUUGGAUGCCAAUAAUCGAAAUUGUCUUUUCUAUGCCUUAAGUUCCGGAAAUGACAAACUUGUUCAGCUUUUGAUCGACAAUAACGUGAAGAUUAAUAUUCAGGACGUUAUCGGUGAUACACCAUUGCAUUUGGCUGUUCAACAUCCUACAAAUGCUUGUCAGUUAACGAAGUGUCUUCUUUCGAAACCAGAAAGUAAAGAAAUCAUCAAUGAAUCGGCAGCUGAUGGAAUGAAACCAUUACUAUUAGCAGCGAAUUUUCAACAAGCAGAUAUUGUUUACCUUUUAUUAAAGAACGGUGCUGAUAUUAACGGUGUGAAUAAUGAACAACAGACAGCACUGCAUUUAGCAUGUAAAAGCGGCUCUAUGACAUGUGCGUUCUAUUUAAUUGAAGUCGGUGGUUUGAGCAUUGACGUACUCGAUUUUUAUCAACAAACACCAUUGUUUUACGCAUUUACAAGCAAUGACUACGAUCUUGUUCAGUAUCUUCUUCUAUGCAAUGCUCGAAUCGAUGUGCGCGAUAGUGAGAAUUAUUUACCUAUUCAUACUGGUUUAUUAUUAUCAAAAAUCGAUGAAGAUUAUAAAUUCGAUUUGAUCGAUUUGUAUAAAGGUGAACAUGAAGAUUUACUGAAUGAUCAGAGUAAUCCAUCGAAGAUAUCACCAUUAUUAAUCGCAUGCAUGCAAGGCAAACUAGAAGUGGUGAAAUACUUAAUUUCAAAUUAUAGAGUUGAUAUACUAGCACGAUGUCUUCAUGGAUAUACAGCUUUGCAUUAUGCUUGCUUGGUAAAAAGUAAAAAAUCAUUAGAUAUAAUCGAAUUUCUAAUGCAAAAUGGAUGUACUUAUGAGCAAGUUGAUGAACCCAAAGGCACUUUUUUGCACACAGUUGUUCGACAUGGCGAUCAACAUGCUGCUCGAUAUUUUAUUGAUUACUGGCUGAAAACAAAUCCAGAUAUCAAUGAAUUACAUUGUGGAUCGACGUUACUCGAUCUUCUCUAUCAACGUGCACAAUAUCAUCAUCAUGAUCUUGAUGUUCAACAUCUUCGUCAAUUAUUAGAGAAAGGUGCGCGUUUGCACGACUCGAAAUUGCCUAUAUUUCCGGGUACGUUGGUCAAUGAUUGUCCAUUAUUUUACUUAACUUUACUUGAAUACAAUUGUUCACCAAUAACUGAUAAAACGGAAUUCAUCAUCGAUUUAUUGAAUACCAUUUCCAUUUAUCCAGAUACGAUUGUGUUAGUCAACCGAAAAGACAAAGAAUACAUCACCGUGUGCGAAUACUUUUUCAAUGUUAUUCAAUUGAUUCGCUAUUUUUAUGACAUUGAGCAAUUUUAUUCCAUAAUUAAUCAGAAAUUUCUUUCACAAUUUACUGCGGAGCAAUCAAAUGACGAUACAGUUCUGCUUAAAACACGAAUCAACAAAUUGCAAUCAACACCAUUGAAAUUGUCCGAAAUCGCUCGAAAAAUUAUUCGCAAAAACUUAGAUAUUCCCAGUCAACAUAAUUUCCAACAGUUAGAUCUAACAAAAUAUCUUGCAGAUUUCCUUUCACAAAACAUAUCGUAUGUCUAA